CUCGUAGAUAAUAAUAAAGGCCGGUCCUCAUUCAAGCGAAUGUUAUUUUGAUCUUGCGGGCAACGAACAUGGCAGGCACUAAAGGUUGUAUGCUUGAAUUUAACGCCGAUACGAAACUUACGUCAGAAGAAUUCGUCAAAGUCUUCAAGGAAUUUGAUAAAGACGGCAAUGGCUACAUCGAGGCGGACGAACUCGACCAAUUUCUACAAACGCUCCUGCAGGAAACAGGCAACGAGAAACCUUCUCCAGAUGAAAUGGCGAAGUUCAAGGAAUAUAUUCUCGAACAAUAUGAUGACAACUGCGAUGGUAAAAUUAGUAUGACAGAGCUCGAGAAUAUUCUUCCUACAGAGGAAAACUACUUGAAUCAGUUCCGAGAAGAGUUCGAGGCUGAAAAAUUGGACAGUAUUCAAUUUAUCAAGAUUUGGAAUCACUACGACAGUGACAGAAGUGGUUACCUUGAAGGAGAGGAGAUAGAAGCGUUUCUCAAAGACAUGCUGGAACAACAAGGCAGUUCCCCUAGUCCGCAGCGAAUUUCCGACUACAAAGAUUUUAUAAUGGACCGCUAUGAUGAGAACAAAGAUGGGAAAAUAGGAUUGAAAGAACUCUCUCGGAUCCUGCCUGAAAAAGAUAACUUCUUUGCAAAGUUCCAGGGAAAGCCGGCCUUGUCAAGGGAAGAUUUCGAUGCAGUUUUCGACUAUUACGAUACGGACAAGAGUGGCGAGAUUGAAGGCAGUGAGUUGCUGGUUCUCUUGCGUGACGUCAUGAUCAAGAUGGGACUGGAACCCGACGAUAGUCAAGAGCUUGAAAAGAUGAGGGAUGUCGUUCUUGGUGUCAGUGAUAAGGAUAACGACGGAAAGCUCUCCAGGGACGAGCUGGCGAUGUUGCUGUCCGAUAUGAAUGAAUCUUAGCAACAACAGCCGAGCAUGACACAACUGAACUAGUUAUAGUUUGCACUGAUAUCGUAUUAAUAUAGGAAUAUGUGGCAUGACAAUUGAGCUAGGGAUAUAAAGAAAGUAAGCACCUUUGGCAUGAGUACAAUGGCUUGGAUAUUUCUAAGGAAUUUUUCACAUUUAUAAAAGUCAGCAAAGUUUCGAUGUUAACUGAAACAUGGGUUGGUGUCUGCUAUUGGAGAUUGAAUUCUGAUUACUCAAUGCAAUAGUCUUUUU